AUGGCUGAAGUGAGGAAACUGAAAAUUCUCUGUCUGCACGGCUACCGUCAGGACGCCGAGAGCUUUCGUUCGAAAUUAGGCUCUCUCCGAAAAUCUACGAAAUCAUUAGCAGAAUAUGUGUUCGUGACGGCCCCUCUGCUCGUGAAUGACAAUGAAAGAGAACGGGGAUGGUGGUUCUCGAGGAGUGAUCGCAGUUUCGAUGCUCAAGAACAGUCUGACGUCAGUAUCGGGCUCGAGAGUGCACUCGAGCUAGUGUCAAACACCGUGGAGAAAGAGGGACCGUUCGAUGGAAUUCUAGGAUUUUCUCAGGGCGCGAGUUUCGUGGCGCUGGUGUUGCAGCUCGGCAAUAAAAUUUGGGGUGAUUUCGACCAGAUUCGCUUCAGGUUUGCCAUCCUCUUCUCCGGGUUCGAGUCACGGAAUUCGAAACAUGCAUUCGGUGGGAAAAUAGACCUGCCUGCCCUACACGUUAUCGGCAAGACAGACAAAGUGAUACCCCUCGAGCAGGCGAGCGCUUUCAAUGAGCUUUUCUCUGAUGUACAAAUAAGCGAGCAUGAGGGAGGUCAUUUCAUCCCGAGCAGCGGUAAUUCGAAGAGAGACGUCAUUGAGUUCAUGAAGAAGUUUUCGGAGACAGCGUAG